CUGGUUUGCCGUAGUACGAGCAAGUUCAGACAUCACGUCAUCGGGCCGAUUGACAGACGCGAUGCGUCAUACCGGCUCAUUUAUGCAUCAGUGUCCGCUCAAUUCAAAGCGGCCUCGUUCCAGACGCGAUCCAACAUAUAUAAUACAGGGACAAUGUGAUCUAUGUCUACUCAUCCACAUCUGCCCUACUGUUCCACUCCGCCGUGAAACCAUCGCGAUGCGUUACACCACGCUCGAUUUCAUCAUCGCUCAAUGGUCGACCCAGCACCCCGUCGUCAAAGCCGACCUGGCGGGAAAGACCGUCGUCGUCAUCGGCGCAAAUACUGGUCUGGGCUUCGAGGCUUCAAAGCACUUCGCGCAGAUGAACCCAGGCAAACUUAUUCUUGGGUGCCGGAGCGAGAGCAAGGGGAAGGAGGCCGUGGAGAAGAUUAAGAAGGACACUGGGUUUUCAGCGGAGUUGUGGCUGCUCGACCUCGCCGACUUCGCCUCUGUCUCUGCUUUUGCCGACCGUUUCGAACGUGAUUGCGGACGAUUGGAUAUCCUGGUUGAGAAUGCAGGAGUUGCGACGGACAAGUACGAAGUCAGCAAAGAUGGCUGGGAAACCUCUAUGCAGGUCAACGACCUCUCGACGCCCCUCCUCGCACUGCGCCUGCUUCCUCUGAUGGUCAAGACCGCCCAAGAGCAUCAGACAACACCGCGCUUGGUCAUCGUCGCUAGCGAGGUGCACUACUGGACAGAGAUAUCGAAAGAAGUUGCCGAGGACCCUUCACCGUUGUCGGUCUUGGGGGGCGCCGAAUUCUGCUCCGUUCCCAAACAGAUGGCGGAUCGGUAUCCUUUGACGAAGCUCCUCAACGUGUUCUUCGUCCGAGCUUUCAACGACCGCCUCCCUCCCUCCACACCCGUCGUCAUCGACACCGUCAAUCCCGGGUUCUGCCACAGCGAACUCAGUCGCAAUGCAGUGGGACUGGCAGGCAUAAUGUUCGCCAUCAUGAAGUUCCUCAUCGCGCACCCGACCGAGGUGGGGAGCAGGCAGCUGGUGUAUGCUGCCCUCGGCGAAGGCAACGGCGACAAACUGCGUGGGCAGUUUGUCACGAAUUACGGUGUUGCGGAAGUCAGUGAUUUCAUCCUCACCCCGAUGGGUGUCAAGCUCCAGGACAGGCUUUGGGACGACUUGAUUGACAUUCUCAAGAAAGUGGAUUCAAAAGUUGGGGACGUCGUCAAUUCUUACCUCUCGUCCUGAAUGGAGCAUGGGCCGGUUUGGCCAGUUGUAAAAUAUAGUUGCAUGUGUAAAGCCGUCGGGCAAAAUGGGUGCUUGUCACCGUUUGAUUAUUGCAUGUAGGGGAUGGUGUUACUCUCCGAAUACAUAAUUAUUUCUCAAC